AUGGCCAAGGAUACCUCCACCUCGUCCUCCAACCGGUUCAGUUUCAAUGGCCACACCGCCAACCUCACCAACUCAGGAAGCAACAAUAGCAAUAGCAACAAUGGCAUCCUUCCUUCAUACAGCAAUCCAGGGUCGAGGGACCGAUCCCCCGACCUAGAGUCAGCCUACAGCAGCAGCAACAGUAACAGCAAUAACAGAGCCAUCAAAAAGUCAAGGACACCCUCCCGGACACCCUCUCCACCACUCCUAUCAGAUCGAUUCUCACCAACACUUUUCACCAUUCCCUUUGCCCCACUCCUAAAACGCCGUCUGUUGUCCAAGAAGCCAUGUCUCCUUCUGGGUGCCUUGACAGUGGGUCUCCUACUCCCGAUCUGGAUCUUUACAACGGGAGUCAUCACCCUCGACUCCUUCAAUGAUGCCAUCCGGUACCUGCCCGGUUACCAUUAUUUCGCUAACAAUUUGCUCUACCUCGUCAUGUUCCUCCUCCUCGUCUCCUUCACCGUCCUCGCCACCCUUCCCAUCCUCCCCAUCUUCAUCCUUGGCCUGCCCUUCCAUCUUUUGAUCUUUUCUAUUUUCAACAAGUUGAUGAGCGACUGGUUGUGGUGGUGCGUUGGCUGUUACAUCGUCUUGUUCCUGGCUCCUGUCGGGUCAACUGUCCUUGCUCGGAUCAAGGCUACGGUUGCUCGACAUCAUGAUGGUGGUCGACGAGAGAUUCUUAUCCGACACAAGUACAAUCCAACAACAUCUUCCAACCCUUCUUACGUCAAGUACUCUCCUCUUCAUCCUAACGACACCACCAACCCUAACAGCAGCAGCGUCAUCAUCAACAACCUCAACAACAAGGAGGGUCAGGAUUCAGACCUGAUCUUUGACUCCUUCUCACCCACUUCAUCUUCUCGCUCGGGAUUAUUCGCCAUCGAAAGGAAAUUCGAGUAUGGCGUCCACCUCUUCAGCAAAUCCAACCGCACCUCGACUCGCUGGCGAUUGCUGCUCGCCAUCGCAUUCUGGCUUAGCUACGUGGUCCCCGUAACACUCAGGAACGAGGCUCGUGAUUUUGACCCCGCACGGGCAACCCCCUCCUUCGACAUUCAACACCCCGAAUGGCUUUGUCCAGUAUCGACAACCGACGAGAGCACGAGCGGCUUUGAGGGAGAACCUCGCCAGAGCAGCUUUGAGGGCUACUGGGAAGAAUAUCUCGAGUUCCAUAGGGAGAUGGUUCUACCCGAAUCCCAGGGUGGAGUUCCCGAAAGCGAGAAACGGUUCAUGAUCUUCCAGCCUAGUGAUGAUGGACUCGGAAACCGGUUGCAGGCGCUUUUGAGUUCUGUGGUCAUGGCCAUGGUGACUCGUCGUGCCAUUGUCCUUGACUGGCUUGCCAUGCCCCAAUGCAAUGCAAACUUCACAGACCUCUUCCAACAACCCGAAGGCCUCACUUGGGACCUCAACACUACCCUCCCCAACCACAAAACCCUCCCAUCUUACAAAACCAAACCUGAAAUUUGGUACCCAUACUGCCGGAACUGUGCCCUCCGUUCACCCAUCACCCCUGAAUCGACAUGGUCCAACCUUCUCUGUGAAGCCGACCUGGGUCUCAACACCACCACGCCCAUCGUCCAGAUCUUUAGUACACAAUGGUUCCUCCCAGUCAUUCAACAUAACCCGCAUUGGAAACGGGAACUGUGUCAUAUGUUCCCUGGGGGUGGGAAGAAUGCGUUCCAAGUGUUGGCGAGGAAGCUGUUGAAACCUUCGAGAGUUGUGCAGGACAAGAUUGAUAGUGUGAUGGAGAGAGUCCCGGAGGGGGUGACGUUGAUUGGGUUGCAGGUAAGGAGGACGGAGAAUAAUGCAGUCGGACAGGGGAUUGAGGAUUCGUUCUUGAGUUGUGCGGCCGAUGUUGUUCAGGAGGUAGAGGUAGAGGAGGAGGAGGAGUCGAGGUUGGCUGCUGGCAGCAAGAUGGCUACUAUCGACAGGCGGCAAGCUUCUCCAAACGGGAGGACACUGGGCGAUCAGGAAGAAGAAUCAUCACACUCACCGUCAAUUGUCCAGAGAGGCCACUACCUCGGACAGGACAUCGACCUUGAUCUGGAUCUCACCGACAACCGCAACAUCAACGACGUCCAGACAGGAGGAUCAAAAAAGACCUCGAGACGAUUCGCAUACUACCUCGCCACAGACUACCGCCCAACCCGCGCCCAUUUCCAGAAAGCCCUCGGCGACCAACUCCUUGUCCUCGAAAACACCUUUCAAUCCACAAAACCACCCGUCUCCCCCCUCGUCCUCUCCGGCACCAACGACGAAGGCGACUCCCUCGACAUCUCCCCUCCCGAAUCUUCAUCCAUCGACGACAACGAAACCAACCCAUCCUCCCCAGCAUCCUCUUCACCAUCCUCUUCCUCCUCCUCCUCACAAUCAGAAGCCGUCGUCCGGAACUCAGUCCAAGGCGUCCAAAUAGCAGUCGCAGAGAUGUUCCUCCUCGCCCAAGCCGACCGGAUCAUCUCAUCCCCUUACUCAACUUUCGGAUAUUUCGCCCACGGAUAUGCAAACGUCCAACCCAACAUUGUCAAACGCGAUGGCACCUGUAUCAAGCGUCGAUCGACUCAACCCUGCUUCCAGUACUGGUUCGGGUUUGCGAAUGGAGGUGCCAAGUGUAAUAUCCGGUCAACGAUUGAGAUGAGUGAGGAUUAUGAUUGCUGGCUGUAA